AUGAACUCCGAAAGCACCAACAUUGAUGCUAUUAACACUAGCACCCGCACCAACACCGACUUCACCGACGGCAACAACACAAUGAACAACCUGAACAACAACAACACCGACUACAAUAACGACUACACCCAGAACAAGACAGACUCCUUCAACUACAACGCAGACAACAAGCGUGACAACCUCAGGCAGGGUGUCUCUCAGCCCGCUGAGACUGCAACCACCAAUACUGAUUCUUUCGAACGCGACUCUGCACCUCGCGAGUCCGUGGGUCGUGGAUUUGAGGACAGCGAGUCUGGAAACCGCAACUUCGAGAACCGCGAUACUCAGAGCCGCAAUUUCGAGGACCGUAAUGUCGAGAACCGCGAGGUCGAAGAUCGUGAAAUUGACAACCGCGACUCCAACCGUGACGUCAACACCGACUCAACAAACCAAGACGAUGUUCCCAAAAAGGGCGUCGCAGGCGUAAUCCACUCCAACUUUGGCGCCGACAAGACCACCACCUCCACUUUUGAAAAGUCACAGGGCGAGAAAUACGGCGAGAACUUUGACGAGACCGGCGCCAAGAUCAAGGGACGGUUCAGCGUUGACGAGAGCGCCGCGGCAUCUGGCUCUGGUGGUGCCACGGGCGGUGGUGAAUACAGCAUGGGCGGAAAGCAGGGUGCUAAGGCUGGAAAAGAUACUAAUGUGCCAAGUGAGCAUGGUUCUCAUGGCAGCGGUACUCAGAAGGAGAGCUUUGGCCAUAAGCUUAUGGAUAAGGCUGAGGGAAUAAUGCACCGACACCACCACGACAAGGCCGAGAGCCGCACUGAUGUUCAGUAA